AUGGACGCUCGGCGAGCUAGCAGCCCUCGACACUGUGCUGCCAGCGCCCGGGAGGGCUCGGACCCCUCACCAAGAAGAACGACACAGACCUCAACCCACAGUCCAGCACGGGAAGAAAAGAGGUGGGCAAAUCACAGGGGACUGUACUCACACCACCCGAGGUGCCUCCAGAAGAAUGGGGGUUGGCGACGAAGCCCCUUCAGCCCUCUCACCGAGCAGCGGAGCUGGGAUUUUGUUAAGCAGGGACUGUGGUAUCGGCUGAAGCCAUUGAUAUGGACACUGAACACAACUGCUGCCCGAAUGACUGUAAGGCUAGCUCCACAGGAGGGUAAUAUCUAUGUUUAG